AAUAAUGUGUCUGGAGCACGAAGAAGAACCCCCUCAUCAAGGAUUCUCCCCUCAACAAGGAUUCUCGGUUCAUUUUCUCAAAAUAAUUCCCAGUUCAAAGUUUUUGGCGGGCAUGAAAAUCAAUUUCCGCGGUGGUCACAAGAAACCAAAACUAACGUCUGCGAUUCCUCCCUCUGCAAAAUUCUAGGGUUCCCAUUUGGCUCUCGUCUCGUUCUAUCCACAACCUGGUUCCCAUCUAGUUUUUUCUUUUCUGAUGCCAUGGCUGGUAGCCGUCUAUCUUCUGAGGAAGUCAUUGCAAAGCUGAUUGAAAUGGGAUUUGAGAAUUCUUCAGCUGUUCAAGCUGUGAAGAAAGUGGGCCCAUUGUUUAAUGAUGCUGUUGAGUAUAUCUUGAAUGGUUCUUGCGGAGAUUGUGGGGGUGCACCUAGUAAUUCAGAAUAUUCCACAAGCAACAGAAAGGCUCUGGGCAAAAGAACCUUGUCCUCUGCUGCUUUGGGUCAAAUGCGACAGUCUAGUAUAUUGAAUCAUUUCCAAUACACAGGUACACCCAAACGAAGCAGAAAUAAUAAUGUACCUGACAUAUCAAUUUCUAGUUCAGAGAUCUUGGCCCGUCCUAUAGAUGAUGUUAAAGCAUCCAUUACUAGAGUGGAUUGUGGUAACCUCAAAACUGUUCCAGAAGAUUUGCAAGUUUGCUUCCGAGAAGAGGCAGAUACAGGAUUAGAUUGGGAACAGAGAGCUAAUAAUCUGUUACAAAAACAUUUUGGUUAUUCAUCCGUGAAGAGUUUCCAAAAGGAAGCUUUGGCUGCUUGGCUAGCUCACCAAGAUUGCCUUGUUCUUGCCGCAACAGGAUCUGGGAAAUCUCUGUGCUUUCAAAUUCCAGCAUUGUUAACAGGGAAGGUCGUGAUUGUGAUUUCACCAUUGAUAAGCUUGAUGCAUGAUCAGUGCUUAAAGCUAUCAAGAUAUGGUAUCUCUGCAUGCUUUCUUGGAUCUGGACAACCUGACAGUGGUGUGGAACAAAAAGCAAUGAGAGGCAUGUAUGACAUAAUAUAUGUUUGUCCAGAGACAGUGUUAAGACUAAUAAAACCACUACAGGGGCUUGCAGAAAGUCGUGGCAUUGCUUUGUUCGCAAUUGAUGAAGUCCAUUGUGUUUCCAAGUGGGGCCAUGACUUUCGGCCUGACUACAGGCGUUUGUCUGUAUUGAGGGAGAACUUUAAUGCUCGCAAUUUGCAAUUCUUAAAAUUUGAUAUACCACUGAUGGCAUUGACUGCAACUGCCACCAUUCAGGUUCGAGAAGACAUUCUUGAAUCAUUGAACAUGUCUAAGGAAACAAAGAUUGUGAUUACGUCAUUUUUCCGACCAAAUCUACGGUUCUUGGUAAAACAUAGCAGAACCUCUUCUUCAACUUCUUAUAAGAAGGAUUUUUGCCAGUUGAUAGACAUAUAUGCCAGAAAGAGAAAGAAUGGCAACAAGAAACAGACCAUAAGUAAUUGUUCUGGUAGUAGCAUAUCAGAGGCAGAUGAGUGUAGUGAUGUAGAUGAUGAUGAUGAAGUACAUUUAACAAAGGAAGAUGGAUCAACUGCAUCUGGAUUGGAGAGAAAAGAACUAUCAGUUGAAUAUUUGGAAAAUGAGGUUGACGACUUUCAGAGCGUGGAUGACUGGGAUGUUGCAUAUGGUGAGUUCUGUGGAGAAUCUCCUCACAAGGACUGGGAAAUGAGUGGGUUAGCUGAGACAAUUGAUGCCUCUAGUACAGCAGAAAAAAGAUUAGCUCUUUUGCAAGAGCCUUUAGAAGAAGGACCAACCAUCAUAUAUGUUCCUACGAGAAAAGAAACAUUGAGCAUUGCAAAUUAUCUUUGUGAUUAUGGUGUGAAGGCUGCUGCUUAUAAUGCAUCGUUGUCAAAAUCACAUCUCCGGCAGGUUCACAAGGAAUUUCAUGACAACAUGCUAGAGGUUGUGGUGGCAACAGUUGCUUUUGGAAUGGGGAUUGACAAGUUAAAUGUCCGAAGAAUUAUCCACUAUGGUUGGCCACAGAGUUUGGAAGCAUAUUAUCAAGAAGCAGGCCGUGCUGGAAGGGAUGGGAAACUAGCAGAAUGCAUUCUAUAUGCAAACCUGUCAAGAAUACCAUCACUUUUGCCUAGUAAAAGAAGUGAAGAUCAGACAAAACAAGCAUACAAGAUGUUGUCUGAUUGUUUCAGAUAUGGAAUGAAUACCUCAUGUUGUCGAGCUAAAAGACUUGUGGAGUAUUUUGGGGAGGAUUUCAGUUAUGAGAAGUGUCUCUUGUGUGAUGUGUGUGUUGAUGGGCCUCCUAAAGUGGAGAAUUUAAAAGAGGAAGCUGAUAUUUUAAUGCAGAUUAUUGCUGCCCAUCAUGGACAGAGCUGUUAUCUUGAUGGUUCAUAUGAUGAUACAUACAGUGACUCCAAGUCACCUAGAUUAAUGCAGAAGCCAAACCUCAGAAUGUUUGUUAGUAAAUUAAGAGAGCAGUCUCAAAAAUUUUGUGAGAAAGAUCAGCUAUGGUGGCGAGGUCUUGCUCGGGUUAUUGAAGGUAAAGGAUACAUCAGAGAAGGUGAUGACAAGAUUCAUGUUCAAAUAAAAUUCCCACAGAUGACAAGGCUAGGAUUGGAGUUUCUGGAAUUUGAAAGAGAUCAACCUUUCUAUGUUUAUCCCGAAGCAGACAUGAUUCUUUCAAUGAACAAAUGCAAGUCUUAUUCUACUUUUGCAGACUGGGGAAAAGGUUGGGCUGAUCCUGAGAUCCGCCAUCAGCGCUUAGAAAAAAGGCGGUUGAAUAGAGAGCCACGAAAGCCAAGAAUGAGAAAAUCCAGAAAAGGGAAACCAGAUACGAGAACUGCGAGAGGGAGAAUAACAGCAAAACUCUCAAAACUGAAGUGAUAACGUUAUAUUUUGGUUUUUCUACUAAAGAGGGCUGCAGCAUCCUUCAUCCUUCAAGGCCCCAACAAGAAUUGAAAAUCAAAGGGGCAGUUUUGCAGAGUUAUUAUUUAAUAGGCAUUUAUUGGUGAUAGUUGAUCUAGUUUGUAUAGUGACAUAUAAUUACCUAGAAUUGAUUCGAGAAGGCAUAUUUCGGGGUAAUAUGCAAUAUAGAUGAUGGGUUAAAAAUUUUCAGAAUUGUGAUUUGUGGAGCCUUGAGGGUGGAUAAUAGAUGUGAUAUGAUAUUAGAUGUAGGCAUGGCAGUGUUAUCCAUGUAAAUCAACAAGUACCAAAAUGCUAGGUCGUAUGACAUUGUUUGCGAGUGGUUGGAGUUUGGCAAUGAAAAGAUAAAUGGCUUUUAGGCUAGCAACGAUUACAAAGUAUUUUGAGCAAUUGAAUUGAAGCAGAUUUUCUGAGGUUUGAUUUUGA